AUGAGAAUCCGUCUACUGGCGUUCCACCCGACAAGCCAGACCCCUUUGGUUUUGAUCAGAUCUUUGACUUACUUCUUUUUGGAUGAGGACUCCGACAGUGAUUUCGAGAUCAGCAUCGAGAGUUCUGUACCAACCAUCAGUGGGGAUCUCCAUGGGUGCCAUCCUUACCUGGAUGUUGGCAGCAUUGAAGACUUGAUCAUUGGUGUGCUGCCCAUUCCGGGUCUUUAUCACUAUGCCGUUCGCUUGGACUAUUCUGGUGAACAGCUUCUAUGGCUGGCGGAUCAGGGACCUCUUUUCGAGAGCGCUGUACUUGCCGAUUGCACGUUGACAUUUUUUAAAUGUCUGUACUUGCUGUGGUUUCAUAAGUGGCCCACCGUUGACGAAGCUGAACGAGAGCAACGAAAAAUAGAGAUCUUCACCCUUUACAUCAUGGGACUCAAAUACAGAUGGAUUGAUCAUGGGCUGAAACCCCGGCAGUGGACUAUCGAGCAGGUCUUCGAAAAGUUGGAUCGUUUGGAAGAGAUCAUCACUGCUGAGUAUGAUAAAAUCAGUCAUGUAUUUAAGAAGCAUUAG